AUCAAAGUGCGCCUCGAGCAGUUUUAUGUCAAAUCCUUUGUGCCCAAUGACAUGUUCGUGGACUAUGACGUAGUCGACUUUGAGAAAAUCAAUGUGAAUCUCACAGUUCAAGUUCCCUUUCCCGGCAAACUCCUGCUGCACAUUUUCGUAAGGAAGCUCUCAAAUGAAGUGGGUGGAUCGCACCACUUCGAUCUGAUUCGCUGGACGAACAGGGAUCUCUGCAAGCUCCUCGAUUCCCUUCGUAAUAUCACAGUGGAGGGCAUUCCGGGCGAGAGCCUCUUGCCCUCGACUUUUGUUGUCGCAUGUCCUUUGGUUCCUGGCUUCUACUUUGUGAAAGACAGCGCUAUUGAUUCUAAGCUGGCUCCCUUCCUUGUCCCUGAUGGCAGAUAUAUGGUGCUAUUGGAGCUGAUGCAAGUCUACGAGGAAGUAAUGAAGCUGGUUUCCUGCAGAAUCAAGCUUUCCAUUAAAACUCCACCUGGUUACACGGAACCAUCGCUGCUCAAAAAUAGCGAGGAAAGUGAAACCACUGAGAAGCCAGUGGAGAAAAAUGAAGAAGCUAGUACAGAGGUUACUCAGCCGAAAGAGGAUAACUCGGACGCAUCAGCUGACUACGAAUAAUGCUAUUUUCGUAGACUUCGCAACACAACACAAUUUCAC